AUGAAGCGGUCUGUCAAGAACGCCGAGCAUGUUGGUCUAUUCACUCCCACGGCUGGUCAACACUUCCGUGAGGAAGUUGUUCACGAUCGGGUGGCCCUCAUCCAAAACUCAAAGGGGGUGCGACCCGACAACCAGUCGAAAAUGAAGCGUUCUGUCGAGAACGCCGAACAUGUUGGUCUAUUCACAUUGGUUUCAUCAGCAGCUUAUGGGCUUUUGAUCGAACCAGUUUCCAUUCGCAUCUGGGACUUACGCCUCGGAAAUCACCAAACAAUAGCAUCUUCUCUACUCAACUGA